GAACAAUCGUCUUGUUCGCUGCAUAUGGCGCUUGCUUCAAACAUCGACCAUCGACCUAUUGCAAUAUAACCGACUAAAAGUAUUCGUAUUUCUACAUUUUUCUUUCUAAAAUUCAUUCAGCUCUACUAAGAUGGCAUAAUUAUAAGUUCCUGGGAUUGUUGAUACCUUCAUAACUUAUUUUGUCUCUCUGAAAUAUCCGGGCUACUUUAUCGAUGAUGUGAAAAACAUUAAACAACAUAAAAAAAAUACUCAGGUAACAAAACAAAGCCAGGUAGAACUCUGAUAGUGGAAAGUAAUUUCCAAAUUACCUCCCCAAAAUGAUGUCCAGUGAACAGAGCAUCUGUUCACACUUCCAUUUACGCGGCAUUGAGUAUGUAAUUUCAAUGAUGUAUGGAGAAGGAACGGGCAAUAAUUUCACCAUUGAGGUCCUCAACAAUGGGACUUUGGAUGUGUGGUGUGGUACAUUUGAUGUAGAAUAUAUUGAAAACCUCACCCAUAAAACAGGAAACUUUAAACAAUUUUCUAUAUUUUCUAACAUGUUGAAAACAGCUUUACUUAAGCAAAGUGAAAGUGUGACCCUUGAUUUACUAACAUAUGCUGAUCUGGAGCAGCUCCGGCUACAGCGCUCUGGUAACCGAACAAAUGCUGAGAAACAGACUCCUGCAAACCUUAAUACCAAGCGCUAUUUAAUACUAACUUACACUGUUGAAUUUGAUCGAAUACAUUAUCCACUUCCUUUACAUCAAAAACUGACGGCUAACAACACUUCUCUACAACAGAUCAUUGUUAAUCUAAGAUCUGAAGUAGAACAACUUAAAGAUGAGUUGAAACAUAAACCUAAAGAUUUGGAUAAGUUGAAAGAUUACAGAGCAGAAGUGCCAGAUAAUGAAGAAAUAGCUGUUAACUGGGCAAAUUACCAGUUGGAGAAAGCAGCAGGUCUCAAUGGCAACAACACCCUAAAGGAGAUCUCAUCACAGAAGAGUGUCAAUGGUGCCAAAAAAGAAACUACUCUCUUAAAGUCAGUCAUCAAAAAACUUGAAAUGGAAUUGUUGAAAGAGAAGAUGCUGCAUCAGCGCAUUGUUCGCAAGAAAACUCAAGAACUUUGUGAGUUGCAACAAGAGGUGAGGCAGCUUCGAUCAUCUGAACGACAGCUUAGAAUACGAGUGAAGUCAUUGACAAAUGAACUAGCUGUUUAUAAGAGAAAUCGAAGUAAUUCUGCACGCAGUUCCCGAUUUGAACAGUCUUCCUCUUGUGAAAGUCUCAACUGUAUGACUCUACGGAAUCGGUCUUCUUCUCGAGAGCGAAGUAGUUCGCGUGAGCGUCCGACACUACGUAGAAAACAAUCUAAUUCCAAAGAAAGAAAAUGUUCCAGAGAUGGAGUUUACUCUUGUAGCCAUGACAACAAUAUGAAUUCUUCCAGAAACAGCGCAAAUUCUACUGGAUCUCAUAAGAAUUACAGAAGUCGUACUCCUUCACCAUACACAACAUUCCGCAGGUUUGAUCCAACAGCUUAUAUUAAAGAACAAGAAAGGAAAAAAGAAGAAAUUCAAAGACGAAACAACUGGCGCAAAAAAUCUGGGAAAAGCAAUAACAAUUCGCAGCCAUUUGGAAAACUAUAUAAUUCUCAGAGAAAAGCUGAUAGAUCUGGCGAAUCAAGUGAUGGCGGUCAUUCAGAUUGUUCUUCAUCUUCAUAUUAUAGAAUCAGGCACAGACCCUCUGCAAAAUAUGUCCAUGCUCAUUGCCCCAAGGAAAACCCAAAAGAUUUCAUUCAUUCUGUGAAAGAUAAGUAUCAUUCCUCAAAACUGUUGCAUCCACAAACUCGGAAAUCCAAAAAAGUUGAUAGCAUUGAACACUCACUGGAAAUUAGUGAAAUGAAUGUUCUUGAGAGACCACUGGACAUUGGAGAAAUUGAUGCCAAGCUGGAGCAAUUGCAACAACAAUUAUUGAAAAGUGGUAUAUCCUAGUAAUAAUAAUAACUUGAACAAUUUAAAUUCUCUUCUGAAACUUAGACAGAUGUUUUACACUUUAGUUGUAUUUUAAAAUUUAUAAUUUAUGCUUGUUAUUAUUAUUAUUAUUAUUAUCAAGGUGGUGAACUGGCAGAAUUGUUAGUGCGUCAGACAAAAUGCUUAGCAGCAUUUCUUCCAGC